AUGGCGAAGGUCAACAUCUGCAAUGUAGAGGUUUUGGACAAUCCAGCGUCAUUCUUCGACCCAUUCAAGUUUCGGAUAACAUUCGAAUGUCACGAACCUUUAGAUGAUGAUUUAGAAUGGAAGUUGGUGUAUGUUAGUAGUGCAUACAACCCAUCCUUGGAUCAGAUAUUAGAUUCCAUUUUGGUUGGUCCAAUUCCAGUCGGGCGACAUCAGUUUUUGUUCGAAACUAGUGCUCCCGAUCCAAAAAUAAUUCCAAAUGAAGAUGUAGUUGGAGUCACGGUCGUACUUAUACAAGCUUUGUAUAAAGAUAAAGAGUUUAUACGUGUUGGCUAUUAUGUUAACAAUGAGUACAAAAAUGAAGAGAUGCGCCUGGAACCUCCAGAAGAACCCUUACUCAGUGAACUUGAAAGGCAUAUAAUAUCUUCUGAUCCACGUGUAACUCGUUUCCCGAUUGACUGGGGUGAUGGCCUACUGGAUGGUUGCCCGGAUCCAGAACAAACUGCAGAAAGUAAUCAAGAAUCUGUCUUGCUAGAUGAUGAUGAUGAACAUGUAGAAAAUAGUUUUCAAGUAGAUCAAGAGAAUGAGAAAAAAAAUGAAAAGUUAGAUUCAUCCACUGUAUGUGCAGGGCAGUCUCAUCCUCAGUUUACAGAAAAUACUUCAUGCAUACCACUUCAUCCUGUACAAUCGUCUACUGUUACUGUUUCUUUUGACAAUUUUUAG